UCUAAAAAAAUAAUAUCGAUCGAGUUUAUGAAAAAAUUGCAGAACUCCAUAUCCGGUUCUGAAAACAGUGAAAGUUUCAGUACUUGUUCCAAUAUUGAAGCGAUUCGUAUUUGUAGAGUUUAGAGAAGAAUGAAAGAGAUUCAACAACGUCAUCAUAAGCUUCUGAUUCUAUACGCAACUCAAACUGGUAACGCAUUGGAUGCUUCUGAACGUCUUGCUCGUGAAGCUGAACGUAGAGCUUGCCCCAUCAAUCUUCUUUCUCUUCAUCAAUAUGAUCCUAAUCUAUUGCCACAGGAAGAAGCUGUGGUUUUUGUGGUUUCUACCACUGGUCAGGGUGAUACCCCUGAUUCUAUGAAGGUCUUUUGGAGGUUUCUUCUUCAGAGAAGCCUAAGCCAGCAUUGGCUGAAAGGAGUACACUACACCGUUUUCGGUUUGGGUGAUUCUGGUUAUCAGAAGUACAAUUUUGUUGCAAAGAAGCUGGACAAAAGAUUAAAGGACCUUGGAGGAACAACUAUUUUAGAAAGAGGCUUGGGAGAUGAUCAGCACCCUUCAGGCUAUGAAGGUACUCUUGAUCCCUGGAUGUCUUCUCUAUGGAGAAUUUUAAACACGAUCAAACCAGAAUUCUUACCAAAUGGUCCAGAUGUUUCGAUUCAAGAUACAGUGUUGAUUGACCAACCUAAAGUCCAAAUUACAUAUCACAAUAUCGAGUCACAUUUUUCAACUGCCUCAGACACUGGGAGUGUUCGUUCAAUGCAUCCUGGAAAAUCAUCUUCCGACAGAAGUGGGCAUCCUGACUGCUUUCUUAAGAUGGUGAAGAAUCUUCCUUUGACCAGAGCAAACUGUGGAAAAGAUGUUCGUCAUUUUGAAUUUGAACUUGAGUCACAUGCUAUCAAGUAUGACACUGGUGAUGUUCUUGAGAUUCUCCCUGGUCAAGAUUCAGCUGAAGUUGAUGCUUUCAUACGACGUUGUGAUUUGGAUCCUGAUGCAUUCAUCAGUAUUAGUCCUAGAGGAACGGAUGAUUGCAAUGGACAUGGCUCUAGAAUACCCAUACAAUUAAAAACUUUUGUGGAACUGACUAUGGAUGUAGCUUCUGCUUCACCUCGGCGGUAUUUCUUUGAGGUUAUGAGCUUUUUUGCAACAGCUGAACAUGAGAAGGAAAGACUUCAGUAUUUUUCUUCACCUGAAGGAAGAGAUGACCUGUACCAAUACAACCAGAAGGAGAGGAGAACUGUUCUUGAGGUGCUCGAAGAUUUUCCUUCUGUUCAAAUGCCACUUGAGUGGCUAAUCCAAUUGGUUCCUAUGCUGAAAACAAGAGCAUUCUCUAUUUCUUCUUCUCAAUCAGUUCACCCCAAUCAAGUACACUUGACUGUGAGUGUGGUGUCCUGGACAACACCUUACAAGAGGAAAAAGAAAGGAUUUUGCUCCUCAUGGCUAGCCACAUUAGAUCCCUGCAAUGCUGUCGGUAUUCCUGCUUGGUUCCAUAAAGGCUCCCUUCCUACACCAUCACCAUCACUUCCCCUCAUACUUGUUGGACCGGGCACAGGAUGUGCACCUUUUCGCGGAUUUAUCGAGGAAAGGGCAUUGCAAAGUAAAACUAUUUCCACUGCUCCAAUUAUGUUCUUCUUUGGCUGUUGGAAUGAAGACGGUGACUUUUUAUACAAAGACUUGUGGUUGAAUCAUUCACAGAACAAUGGUGUACUUUCAGAAGCAAAUGGUGGAGGUUUCUAUGUUGCUUUCUCUCGAGACCAGCCUGAGAAAGUUUAUGUUCAGCAUAAGAUGAAGGAACACAGUGGAAGGGUUUGGAACCUAUUAGCCGAUGGAGCUGCUGUUUAUAUAGCAGGUUCAUCAACCAAAAUGCCUACGGAUGUAACAUCAGCUUUUGAGGAAAUUGUAUCUAAAGAAAAUGAGGUUUCAAAGGAAGAUGCAGUUAGGUGGAUUAGGGCAUUAGAAAGGUGCGGUAAAUAUCACAUUGAAGCAUGGUCUUGAGAGUUUUAUUUUGGGUCAGAUAGCAAGUUUGGGUCCUCUAUAGCCAUUUUACGGGGCAACUGUCUGCAGACGGUUGUAGAGGGUCCGGGUUCGUCAAGGAGGUCCAAUCAUACAGUUUUUUCUAAAGUCUAAUACGGUUGCAUGGAUCAAAUUGGUGCAAAUUGUGGUUCUAAAAUUGGACAUAUGAUAGCGAAAUGUUAGGCAAUAUUUAUUGGAAAUUAUUUAGAUUAUUAAUACAUGUAGUUGCCUUAUUAUUCUAUUUAUACAUUGUAAAUACUUGGUUCCUUGGUUUAUGAAGAAUGUUGGAAUCUGUGUGAUUUUCUUCUAGAUGAAUCCAUGCGACUCUUUUAAUCCAUACAAAUAAAAAAACUACCAUCUUUUCAA